AUGACAGCCAGUGACGGGAACGAGGUGAAGCGCCCGCCUGACUCUACACCCCCAACGGCAUCACCUUCCUCUUCACGUCGUGUUUUCUAUUUUGUUGAUGAAUCCACAACUGCCAUCGCGUACGCGGAGGGGCACGUGAUGCAGCCGUCCCGUGUACGGGUGUUGCACUCCCUCGUGCGGUCGUUAGGGCUGGACGCCCACAUGAUGGUGUUUCAGUCUCGUCCGGCCACACAGCAGGAGCUUCGUGGGUUUCAUCGCGCGGCCUACGUGGAAUGUCUGCGGUCCGCGCCGUUUAUCUGCGGCAACCCGCUCGAUCCUGUCGCUAUGUCGUACCAGAAGGAGUUUGGAAUGCCGGUGCUGUCGCGUGACGGAGAUUGCCCACUCUUUCCAGAGGUGUGGGACCUGGUGGCAAGUCAGGCAGGUGCCUCCAUUGCCUGUGGUGAGGCACUGUGCCGCGGCGAGGCGGACAUAGCAAUCAAUUGGGCAGGCGGUAUGCACCACGGCGCCGAAGCACACGCGAGUGGGUUCUGCUUUGUGAAUGACAUUGUACUGUGCAUUCAACGUCUGCUGCGUCGGUUUCAGCGUAUCCUUUACCUUGACCUUGACGUUCACCACGGAGACGGAGUGGAGGCGGCCUUCUACGGCAACACGCGUGUCAUGACUGUCUCAUUGCAUCAAUUUGGCAAUGGCUUUUUUCCUGGAACUGGCGACUAUGGUUGCCCCGAGACGGAAAAUAGUUUUGCCGUCAAUGUCCCUCUCCCCGUUCGCACCGGCGAUGCCAUGUACCUCUUGUACUUCCGUACAGUCGUAACAGCUGCGGUACGUUGCUUUGACCCUGAGGCAGUCGUUGUGCAGUGCGGAGCGGAUUGUAUUGUGGGCGAUCUCAUUGGGAGGCUCAACGUGACAACAGCCGCCCACUCCCAGUGUGUCGCCGAUGUGCUGCGACUCGGGCUGCCAGCUGUUCUCCUCGGUGGCGGCGGGUAUCACGUCUUCAAUACCGCCCGCUGCUGGGCGAUCAACACCGCAACGGCACUGGGGCGGCCGCUACCUCACUACAUCCCCCGCCAAGACCCAUACUACGAGGAGUACCGCAAGGAGUUUGCCCCCCACCGGCCAAAAUUGCACGUUUUUGUCGAUCCGGAGGUCGACAGGCCGCUGCCGCUUCGUAGUGCGUGGGCGGACUGGCGCAAGCUCUGUGCAAGCAUCAGAUCACAGAUGAAGUACGCGCGCGUCGUGAGGGAGUCGUUCCUCCGUGUUGUAACUGAGGCGGCAGACGCGUCGAGUGAAGAUAGUGGUGCCGUCUCAGGGAGCAGAAAACGGAGGAAAAGGGAGUGA